AUGCGUCUUAUCAACACCAGCACAUUGAAGCUGGAGGAAUUCUCCGAAGAGGACGCUCCUCCUUAUGCGAUUUUAUCCCACACCUGGGGGAAUGACUCUGAAGAACUCACAUUCCGUCAAGUUGUCAAUGGGGAAACCGACAAAGGAAACCUUGGCUCAAUCAAGCUGAGGGGAUGCUGUCGACAGGCCCAGAAAGAAGACCUCGGAUAUGCUUGGAUCGACACCUGCUGUAUUGACAAGACCAACCUCGUCGAGCUCAGCGAGGCCAUCAACUCCAUGUAUCGAUGGUACAAUCGUGCUUCCGUCUGCUACGCAUAUUUGUCCGACGUUCCGGAUAACGACGAUCCCCCGAGGCCCGGAUCCAAGUUCCGGUCCAGUCGAUGGUUCCAGCGAGGUUGGACUCUGCAAGAGCUUCUAGCCCCGAAGCAUCUGCGGUUCUACAAUGCGGAAUGGCGGUCGAUUGGCACCAAGGGCACCAUAUGCACUGUUAUCAAGAACAUCACUCGCGUGCCGCAGCAAUACCUACUCGGUAUCGCCAGUUUACAUAGCGCGAGUGUUGCACAACGCAUGUCAUGGGCCGCGCAGAGGCGCACAAAGCGAGCCGAAGACAUCGCAUACUGCUUGCUAGGCAUCUUCAAUGUGACGAUGCCAAUGAUUUAUGGAGAAGGAGGCGAACAGGCUUUCUUCCGCCUUCAGGAACAGAUCAUGAAGACCACGAGGGACGAUUCCAUCUUAGCAUGGGGCCUGAGCGAUGGGACCAGCGGUACUGGAUAUACGAUGAUGAUUUGUUUGCCCAGCUGA